CCCUGUGUUAUUGCCACAUCAUUGCAUAAUGUCUGCAGCCAGAGAAAGUGCUGGCAGUGUUACACCAGUACAUCCAUGUGUUUCACGGACACAAUGACAGGGACAAUAGGACGGGAUGACGGUCCGGUUUAUCCCCUCCGCAGGCUGCAUGCACCCGGACCCGGUCUGAACCGACGGUGAACCCCCGCCACCCCCCGCCCAAACCGAGCUCACGUUGCGAUUUCCUCAACUCAAGUGGAUUCGUCCAAUGUGGCAGUAACUAAUGCUGCAUUCAAGCAUUAUGGUGUACAGUUGAAGACCUAUGAGCACAUUAGCCAACAGUUAAAAUAUGCAAUCAAUCAAGCAAGAGGUGGACAGCGAGGCCUACAGUGGAGACGAUGCUCUGGUCCUGGCGAACGGAGACGUGACGGGCCACAAAAUCUCUGGCAUUCCCUUCAAAACUUCCUGUCGCAGGAAAAGAGAGUUCAUCCCAGAGGAGAAGAAGGACACCAUGUACUGGGAGAGGCGCCGCAAAAACAACGAAGCGGCCAAACGCUCCAGGGAGAAGCGGCGCAUCAACGACAUGGUGCUGGAGAACAAGCUGAUGGCCCUGGGAGAGGAGAACACCUCCCUGAAGGCCGAGCUGCUGUCCCUGAAGCUGAAGUUCGGCCUGGUGAGUCUGGCAGCGUAUUCCCAAGAAGUCCAGAACUUAUCCAGCUCCAGCAAUAUCAACGUCUACCAGGAAGUAGUCCCACCCAGCGCCAGCCAAAGUUCUUCCAGCAGGGUUUUGGAGCCUCUUCACUCGCGCAGCAGCUGCAUAUCGGUCAUCAAGCAUUCACCUCACAUGCCCGAGACUCAAGGGGUCAAGAAAGAACCAGCAGAGAACGCACAAGAGAGAAGAAGCCCCUACGAACUGUACAGAAACUACAUCACCAGCCCUCUUUCUGGAGUCUAUCCGCAGGCCGCCGCCUUCCUACAUCUCACCCGAUCCUCCAGCAACUCCCCCAGGAGCUCAGAAGAUGGCGCUGUUAGUAAAUCAUCCGACGGAGAGGAUGAGCAACAGGUCCCCAAAGGUUUAACGCCGUCUGCAGCCGACCCACGAAGCGUCAUCGUCUCCACACACAAAGUGCCGGAUGCCAGUUCUUCAGCUUUGCCCCACAAGCUGCGGAUCAAAGCCAGAAGCAUCCAGAUUAAAGUGGAGGCUAUCAACCCGGAGUACCCUGUCGCAGUCUCAGAAGAAGGAGCAUUCUCCACUCCGUCGUCCCCCUGCCCUCUUUCUCUCCAGGUCACCAACAUGCAGACCUGGAACCAGCAGCCGUGGCACAGAAGCAGCUCAGACACACUGCAAAACAAACCCAUCGCGGAGGUUAAAGACCGCUCCUAUGCACCCUCAGAGGACUUGUAUCUGAGACAUGGUCCCCCCUAUCUGCCUGCUCUGAAAAGACUGAUCCAAGCACAGCACUCUGGGUCUCUGAUGGACUCGAUAUCCAAAGGCUGUUCCUCUGCAUGACCGUAGUGUCUUCUAUACUUCCCACUGUACUUGCUGUUGCACUGUGUGGUUAAACAGGGUUUGGAUAUGUGGUGAUUUUCAAAUGUUGGAGCACAAUGUAAGGUUGAUAGAUUAAAAACACAUUGAGGAGCGGGAGGAGCUACCUGUACUGUAAUGUCACAUUCAAAUAUAAUGUAGGCCUAGAAUAGCACACCGUUAUUCAUUUCAUCAGUACAAAGAAUUCUGUUCACCCGACUUACUUCUAUAUUCAUACAAAUACUGCUUUCAUUCACCUUUUCCAGACCACUGCCACUACCUGAUCCGUACCGGAGACAAGAUUUGUUCUGUGCAUGAACGCAUUUUAGGUACUUUUUGUCACUGCGAUCAUUUUACGGCAAUUCUGAUCUAGUGCUGAUAUAACAGGGUUCUUUUUUUGUAUUUGUAACGUUAAAAAAAAACAUUCAAGUUCAUAUACAACUUUUUGAAUAUUGUAUAUGUACAAAGCACCACUUUCAAAAAUAACAAAUGCUAAUAAUAAUAAUGAACACAUAAAAACUGACAAGACAUUGAAUAUAUCAAUUACAUUUAAAAAUAUAUAUAAUAUCGAUAUGAGGGCAUUAAAUACGACAAAAGAGAAAGAAAGAAUUUAAUUGAAAUCACUUUAUGUUGACAAAUAAAACUUUAGAAAUACAAAUAAUAAAAUUGGGAAUUUUACAACCCUUACAAUCUAAUGGUCCCCUUAAAUUUGAUAUGAAAAAGUAUCUUAGGUUCAAAUAAGUAAUUUUUCAUCGUUGAAUGACCUUCCCAAUUACUUUAUUUAACCAGCUUUUCUUUGAUAAUAUAUUACGAAACUAGCUCCGUAUUUUAGGCAUUCUUUACCAAAACAAAUGAAAAAGUAUUUAUAUAAUAAGGAAAAAUCUUAAAUGACAGAACAAGUCAAACCAAAGACAGCAUUAUUUUAAGUAAAUCCCAGAAAACUGCCGUAAUUCCCACCAUUUUGUUCAGAUAGCCAUCAUUGGAAGUGGCGGCAUUUUCCCACAAAUCAGAUUUCAGGUACGGAUCUGGAAGCACCAACCACUCUGUGUCAAUGAAACGCAACGCUUCCUUCUAAUUGAUUAACUCAAAGUAGCUGGAAGGCUUUAAUGGUGAAAAAUCGGUUGAGUUUUAGCGAGUGGCUUGAUCAGGAAUCUAAAAAACGUCAUGUUAAAGUGACUGGGAUGAAUUGAUAUGACCUGACUCUCUUCUUUAGUCAGUGUAAAGUGCCUAAAGGAAACCAAGCAUUGACAGCCUAACAAAACAUGAUAUUACGUUUACCUGCCACUAUAUGAGAAGUUACAGAAUCAUUUACCAAAGGCUAAUUGACUAACUGGGUCUGCCCUUCACUAUAAUGGAGGUAUAAGCCCCCGUUAGCGCUCUGCUUUGCUUUAAAGCUGUUUCAAAUGAGGUGUUAUGGUUACUGGAUCCAUCUGUAUUCUGGUGUGGUGCCAGGUCUACUUACCUCUGCUUUGAGUGAAUAUCGUGCCAUGCUUUUUUCUAUUGGUUUGUAAUUAUCUGCACAAUUUCCAAGACGUUCCCUAAAAGAAAUGUUGUAAUUUGAUACUCAUUAUGGGGGAAAGAGAUGGACUAUGAUUCAAAUUAGGUCCAUAUGAACACCUGAACAUGCAAAGCUACGGAUUUUGUAAACAAACCAACCCAAUUAAAUGUCGUUUUUUUUAGUAGAGGACACCCUAUUUCCCCUAGAAUUGGUACCAACCUCAACGUUCUUUUAGGGAGCUUUCUAACAAUCAGGACCCUAAAUGCUGCCUUUCUGUUCUCUCUCUCCUCCUGGUUGACCAAUCAGAUCUUGGAUAUGUUACUCUCCAUUGUCUCUGCUGUAGUUUUUGAAUAUGCAUAACAAGUUACACACCUGGGCUUUUACCUAAGCAUUUUAAAAAGGCUCUGUUGCACUGGUUCACUGUUUGCCAAAUCGCUUUUUUCUUUUGUUUUUUAGUGGAUUUGUAUUCAACAGGUGGUUUAAACUGAGACUGUGUUUGAAACUGGCUGGAGAUUUGUGAUUCUGACGGAGCUGAGAACUGAAUUACUGAAUAAGCACAAUGUAUCCUCAAUCAAUUGACAUCUGUUUGAUCAAAGAGUGUCCAGAGAUUCAGUGUGUUAUCCGCUCGAUUGAAUGCAUUUUGUAAUUUUCAUAUUUGGUGGUGAUACAAAGAAACCUCCUGACCUUCUCUUUUGUUCAAGUGCAUUCCGUAUUUUAGUUUUUAAAGAAAUGCCCUACUGAAUCUCCCAGUAAAAGAUAAUCACGAUGCAGAUGAAGUCCAGUUCUGUAUCUGAACACUUUUCUCAAGGUUUAUUGUAACGGUGAGUUUCGUUCAUAAUAAAUGUCUAAUC